AUGGCCCUCGGCACGCAUUCCGCACCUCGUAACGUUGCUCCUCGGCAUUAUGAGGUGCUUCUAUUUGGCGACUUGUCUACGUCCGGCUUCGAGGAGGAACUGAGACGUCUGCUGCACAUCAAGACCGAUCCACUUCUGUCUUGCUUCCUUGAGCAAGUCGGCCUGUCCCUCCGGAGGCUCAUAGGCAACCUACCACUUCGGCAACAAGACCUGUUCCCUCGCUUUACAACCCUCAUUGACCUCGUCUCCUGGCUCGAAAGUACCCAAGGCGCGCCAGUGUUGCGAUUCUUUACCUUGUGUGUUUAUGAGAUUGCGCAAUUCAUUGUAAAAUAUGGAAGCAAUUCCGAGCCGUAUCCCUCGCCCAGGGGGACUUGCAUCAUUGGGCCCUGCACGGGAGGCUUCGCAGCCGCCGCCAUCAGCUGCUCCCAGACACUAUCAGAGUUGAUUCCAGUUGCCGUUGAAGCGUCUCUCGCUGCGUUUCGGACGGCGCUUUGCUCGUGGUUGGCAGGUCAAGAUUUGGCGCCACGCCAAACCUCGGAAACAGCAUCAUGGUCCGCUGCUGUGAAACCAAGAGAUGCCAACGAGUCGGUCGGGCAGCUGUUGGAGGAGAUGGGCACGCCUGAUUCGAACCGUGGGCAAUCCAGGCUCUACGUCAGUGCCACAACACCGGAUCAAUCAACCACAAUAAGCGGUCCGCCGUCGUCACUGCAUGGCUUCCUCUCCAAGGCGUCCGGCAGACUGCGGUCACGGUACCUUGAUAUCCAGUCGCCCUUCCAUGCACCGAGCUUGUUCGACGAGGCGGACGUGGACAUGAUUGUGAGCCAGGUCGCAAACUCGGCAGCGCCGCGAGUUCCGGGGAUACCAUUCUUGUCAUCAUCUACGGGAGAGGUCGUCAAAGUCCCCUCAUUUGAAGAGCUUCUUCGUCUUGUGGUGAGCGAGACUCUGCGGCAACCCGUCCGCUGGGAGUCGGUCGUGUCCUCAUGUCGCUCCCUGCUGGCCGACACGCAGACACAGGAAUGCUCCAUCAUGUCAUUCUCAAGCCACGCCGCAUCGAUGCUCAGCAGUGCCUUGGCAGUUGAUAAUGGCAUCCGAGUCAAGGUUGAGCACGUGGCACAGCCCCAAAACCGACCGGCCAGCCCUUCGGGCAGCUUUGCAAACUCCAAGAUUGCCAUCAUCGGCUACUCGGGUCGAUUCCCUGAUGCUGCUUCCAACGAAGCUUUCUGGGAACUCCUGCGUGCUGGACGAGAUGUCCACCGCGAGAUUCCAGCCGAUCGCUUUGACUGGGAAACACACUACGAUGCCACGGGCAAGCGCAAAAACACCAGCCGCGUCAAGUUUGGCUGUUUCAUCCAAGAGCCAGGAGUGUUUGAUGCCCAGUUUUUCCACAUGUCGCCGCGAGAAGCAGAGAAUACCGAUCCAGCACAGCGGCUGGCCAUCACGACGACCCUAGAAGCUAUCGAAAUGGCCGGCCUCGUGCGAAACCGCACCCCGAGCACGCAACAGGACAGGGUCGGCGUCUUUUUUGGCACCACCAGCGACGACUGGCGUGAGGUGAACAGUGGCCAGGAUGUCGAUACGUAUUUCAUCCCCGGGGGCAACCGUGCCUUUGUACCCGGGCGUAUUAGUUACUUCUUCCGAUUCUCCGGCCCUAGCUUGAGCAUCGACACAGCUUGCUCGUCGAGCUUUGCUGCCAUCCAGACUGCUUGCAGCUACCUCUGGAGGGGUGAAUGCGAUACUGCUAUUGCUGGCGGCACCAAUGUCCUCACAAAUCCCGACAACUUUGCCGGUCUAGACCGUGGCCACUUUCUUUCGACGACUGGGAACUGCAACCCGUUUGAUGACGAGGCCAGCGGCUACUGUCGCGCCGACGCCGUGGGAUCAGUAAUCCUGAAGCGACUGGAAGAUGCCGAGGCAGAUCAUGACCCGAUAUUCGGCGUCAUUGUUGGGACCAACACCAACCACUGCGGCCAGACCGACAGCAUUACUCGCCCACACGAGGGGGACCAAGCAAGCGUCUUUCGACGAAUCAUGAGAUACGCAAACGUUGACCCUCUUGACAUUGGCUACAUCGAGAUGCAUGGGACGGGCACCCAGGCAGGAGACUUUACAGAGAUGAACUCUGUCCUGUCCGUAUUUGUACCGGAAACGAAGCGGACGCGCUUGGAGCCCCCUAGGCCUCUCUAUAUAGGCUCUGCCAAGGCAAACAUCGGACACGCCGAAUCGGCAUCCGGGGUCUCGUCGCUGAUAAAGGUGCUCAUGAUGAUGAAGAAGAAUGAGAUUCCACCACAUUGCGGCAUCAAGACGCGCAUCAACCACAACUACCCGUUGGACCUCUCCGAGCGUGGCGUGCACAUUGCGCUCAGCCCAACCCCCUGGCGAAGAGAAGACAGUGUUUCCGGUAAACGUUCCGUCUUCCUGAACAACUUCAGCGCCGCCGGCGGGAACACGGCCGUCUUGUUGGAGGACGCCCCCCGCGAGACCGAGGCACCGGGGGCUGAGCAAGACCCGAGACCUGUGCAUUUGGUUGCAGUGACGGCAAAAUCAAAGACCUCUCUGCUCGGCAACCUCACAGCGCUUUCUUCGUGGCUCCAAGAGCACCCCGAGAUUCCAGUCUCUCGUCUCUCGUACACUACGACGGCGCGCCGCACGCAUCACAACUACAGGAUCACCGUGUCAGGCUCGGACAUGGCGUCCAUUCAGUCCAGCAUUAAGACGAAGCUGUCAACAAUGAGUCCGGCAGUCAUCAAGCCGAUUCCACCUGUUGUCAGGCUUCCAAAGCUGGUGUACGCAUUCACUGGCCAAGGCACGCUGUACUCCGGGCUGGGCAAGUCGUUGUACUUGACACACGCCGCCUUUCGCUCAAGCAUCCUGCGCAUGAAUCGCCUCGCACAAGAUCAAGGGUUUCCCCCCUUCAUCGGACUCGUCGACGGCAGCCAGUCUGUAGAGAACGCCAAGGACGUCAGCGCCAUGGUCUCGCAGCUCGCCAUCACCUGCGUGCAGAUGGCUCUCUUUGAGCUCUGGUGCAGCUGGGGCCUGACUCCCGCCGCAGUAAUCGGCCAUAGCCUCGGAGAGUACGCCGCCAUGUAUGCCGCGGGAGUCGCGAGCGCGGCAGACACCAUCUACCUUGUUGGCCACCGGGCAGCUCUGCUGGAGCAACAUUGCGUCCCCGGCACCAACGCCAUGCUUGCAGUCAAGGCUCCCUCCAACCUUGUCAAGCGGUUGAUGAGCAGUACCGGAUGCGAGUUGGCAUGUAUCAAUCAGCCGACAGGUCACGUAGUAAGUGGUCUGGCCGAGAACAUUUCUCGCGCCGAGGGCGAGGCUGCCGCGGCGGGACUUGAGACUGUCCGAUUAGAGCUUCCAUAUGCCUUUCACUCGGCUCAUGUCGAGCCCAUUCUUGCCCCGUUCAAAGUCGCCGCAUCUCGAGGGAUCACGUACAGUGCUCCUACGAUUCCCAUAGUCUCCCCCCUGGAGUCCAGAGUGGUCCAUGCCGGAGAGAUUGGCGUGUUUGACGCGUCCUACCUCGUCCGUGCCUGUCGCGCCACCGUCGACUACCAGGGCGCUCUCGAGGCGGCCAGGGACGAUGGUUUGGUCAACGAGCGCACCAUUUGGCUGGAAAUUGGAGCCCAUCCCACGUGCAGUGGUAUGAUAAAAGGCACUCUUGGAGCCGAAUCCACCACCUUGCCGUCGCUGCGGAAGAACGUCGAUGCAUACAAGUCAUUGGUUUCGUCACUCGAGAGUCUGUACACGGCAGGAUUCGACAUCGCCUGGAACGAAUACCAUCGACACUUUCCGUACUCACACAAGGUCGUCGAGCUGCCAAGGUACUCUUGGGACUUGAAAAACUACUGGAUCCAGUAUAGGAAUGACUUCUGCCUGGCCAAGGGCGAAGGUCUUGUGCCCGCAACGGGCGGAGAUGGCGCUCCUCGGCCAACACUGGGCGCGCCCAACGUGCCGCAGUAUGAAUAUUUGUCGCCCUCGGUUCAGAGGGUCAUCGAGGCUCAUCAUGGCAAGGAAAAGUCGUCACUGCUUGUGGAGUCGGACGUAUUCAACGAGAAGCUGUUGCCCGUCUUUCAAGGCCACGUGGUUAACGGGACUCAGCUCUGCCCUUCGUCCCUCUACGCAGAUGUUGCCUUGACGGUGGCACAAUACAUGCUUCAAGGCCCAGGAUUGUCGGCUUCGACGACCGGCCUCGACGUGGCAGACGUCAAGGUCGAUGCGCCUCUCAUUGCUCAACCCGCAGAAACCGAGCAUUUGUUCCGCGCUUCUGCAGCGGCCGCGUGGAGCGAGAACCUGAUCACCAUGUCCAUCUUCAGCGUCAAUAGCCGAGGCGAGCGUACAACGUCGCACGCCAAGCUCGAAGUGCGGGUUGUUCCUGAGCAGCGUUGGAUGGAUAACUGGAAGCGCAAUUCUCACUUGAUCAUGUCCCGCAUAGAGGCCUUGAACCAGGGCAUCCAUGGUGGCAACAGCCACAAGAUGAAGCGCGGAAUGGUGUACAAGCUAUUCGGGGCGGUGGUAGAGUAUAGCAAGCAGUACCAGGGUAUGGAGGAGGUCGUGCUAGACAGCGAAAGGCUCGAAGCAGUCUCGACUGUCAAUUUCCAGAUUGCCGACAACGGCUUUGUGGUAAACCCGCACUGGAUCGAUAGCCUCGGAGGCAUCGCAGGCUUCAUCAUGAAUGGCAAUGAUGCCGUCGAAAGCAAGAAACAAGUCUUCAUCAACCACGGAUGGGAGCGGCUGCGAAUCGCAGACAAGUUGGACCGAGCCAAAACAUAUUACGCGUACAACCGAAUGCAGCGAGCUGACAAGACCAUGUACGAGGGCGACACGUAUGUCCUUCAUGACGGGCGGAUCGUGGCCAUUGUUGAAGGAGUAAAGGUAACAUCACCCUCGAUUAUGUUGGUCCAAGCUUUUGGCGGCCAGCGGCGAUGGAAUUCGAAUUUUGAGCUGAGAGAUGCUAACAAGCCUGCUUUACAGUUCCAAGGAGUCCCGCGCCAAGUCCUUGAUCAUGUCCUGCCUCGCAAGACCUCAACCUUGACCGCGUCAACUGGCGCACCAUCUCAAACGCAUGGCGCCUCUGGGAGCCGCGCGAAAGCAGCCAGUGUCCUGGAGCAAAAGCUUCAGAAAGCAUCAAAAGAGACAGCCUUUCAGUCAAGGGGCAAACCCAAGCCGUCAUCCUCCCUUCUCGACAAAGUCUUGGCCAUCAUUUGCGAGGAAGUUGGGCUCUCCCCGGUCGAGCUCCAGCCGGAGAGCGAGUUUGCUAAUCUCGGGGUUGACUCUCUCCUUUCACUCACAAUUCUAGCGAGAGCCCGUGAAGAAUUGAAGGCAGACCUCUCACCAUCUCUAUUUGUAGAUUGCCCAACGGUCGGUAGUCUAGAGGCCUUGCUUGGAGCCCGAACACCCGAUUCAGAUGAGGAUACGCCAACGCCCGAUUCACGGUGUGACUCUCCCCUCAGCAGCUACACUGAUAUUACCACCCCAGUAUCUGAACUGGACCCCGAUGUCUCUGGUGACCUCGGUGAUCCAAAGAAGGAAACACUGGGGAUCUUCAGGAGUGCUAUAGCCGAGGAAACAGGUGUGUCGCUUGGCGACUUGAGACCCUCGACAUCUCUCGCAGACAUUGGAAUUGAUUCAAUACUUUCUCUCACAAUCAUGGCCAAGAUCACCGAGACCUUUGGUGACUCGGUACCUCGAGACCUCUUCGCAAACUACACCACGCUCCAAGAGGUCGAAGGGGCCGUUCUUGGCUCACUUGGGUUAAACGAAAGGAAGGACAAACGAGAGAAAGCCCAGUCGUACAAUCAAGCAUCUUCUCGGGACGAUCAGUGCUUGGAAAGUUACCGCCCGGAUCUUUCGUCACCACCGCACGCGACUUCCAUCCUCUUGUCGGGGUCCGCAGAGACGGCAACAUCUCUCUUGUUCCUACUACCAGACGGCUCGGGCUCAGCCUCCUCCUACGCCGCCCUGGCGCGGAGCAUGGGCAGGGGGGUUGCUGUUUACGGCCUCAAUUGUCCUUGGCGUAAAACCGCCGAAGAAAUGACGCGCCUGAAUAUCGACAUGGCAGCGCUCGCCGAAAAGUAUGUCAUUGAGAUCCAGCGACUGCUCGGCCAAAGGAACAAGCCCAACGCCGGCGGCCGUGUUCCUUUCGCCAUUGGCGGCUGGUCCGCCGGCGGCAUCAUCGCGGUUGAAGCCGCGCGCGUCCUCCGAAAGUCCGGACAGACUGUGGACAAGCUUAUUCUACUGGAAUCACCAAAUCCAAUUGGCCUGCAGAAUCCGCCAGAGAGGAUGUAUGACUUCUUUGACUCUGUUGGAAUCUUUGGGGGCGGGCGUAACAAGAUGCCUGAGUGGCUGCGCUCGCACUUUCGUGAGUUUAUCCGCAUUCUCGAUGACUAUGAACCCACGGCGUUGCCGGAUGCCCCCCCAACACUCCUGGUGUAUGCACGCGAUGGCGUUUGCAAAGACCCCAACGGACCGCGUCCUGAAAUGCGCCCGGACGAUCCUCGCGAGAUGUUGUGGCUGCUGAAUAACAGGACGGAUUUCUCUGCCAGCGGCUGGAAGACGAUACUUGGGAAGACGCAGCUUACUAUUCGCGUCGUUGAUGAUGUCAACCACUUCAGCCUCAUGGACCCGGGUCCUGCUAUGAAGAUGCUAGGCGGUACCAUUGAGGGGUACUUGUGUUGA